AAGGGGUAAAGAAGCAACCAACACAGGCUCAGGUCCCGAAUUCUUCGGAUUUUCCCAUCCUACGAUUCAGUACCUCUUGCAAAGUUUGCCAUAUGCUCGUAAAUGUGCCAAGUACCAAUGGGUGAAGUUUGAGUUACCAAAAAGCAAAUCAUCAGGUGAUGCAAAUUCUGUAAUCUUGUCGAGAGCAAUAGUAUUAUCGUAGGUUGAUCUGGUAUAGUUCAUGUUUUCGAAUGCGAACGUCCCUGAAUUCAGGUAUUCAACGUUGAGCUACUAUAUUUUUACUCUCCACUAACAGUAGGAUCUAUGGAUCUUCGUAUCUGAUCGUUUGAAAAAACUAAUUCUAAUUCCUUGUUUUCACUGGCAUGAAAUUAAGGAUAUUGUCUUCUUCUAUAUAUAAAUGUAAAUCCGUGAUGUACGAACUUGGCAUUGAUCAAAUAGCUUCUUCAUCAUUCAAUCUGUUCAAGUUCUGAUGAUGUCAUUCAUGUCUGUCUAUUUUCUCGGAAUAACUUGCCUUCUGAAAAUUAAUGAUUUAAAAAUCGUCCUCUUUGAUUGCUAUCCUGAAGAUUAGGCUUAAUGUACUGUAUAUUACUGUUUGAUUAUACCAUCCUAGAACUAGAAAACUCUGUGUUGUAAAGGUCCAGACACACUGGACGCGAUUCGACAACGCGACGCGAUUUUUUAGUUUUUGAAAGUUAAUAAAACAAGUCAAUGAGAGCAAUUUUUGAAUGAUAUGUAGACCAAAUAACUCCAAAUGUUAUAGCGCUUCUAAAUAUUUGGAAAAUUUAAACUAGGAUCAAAGUUAUCGGUCAGUGAAAAUCGAAAAAUCGCGUCGCGUUGCCGAAUCGCAUCCCGUGUGUCUGGACCUUAAGUGUCGUUCGUUACAAACAAAAUGUUCGCAAAUGUAUGCCAUUAGAUGUCAGUUCUGUAAUUUUCGCGUGUUAUUGUGUUUUAAUGUAAUGUAAAUUUUUGGUGGGAGUUAAUUAGGGACUUACAUGUUUAUCUGUUGCCCUUACCAUAAGUCAUCAUUGUUAAGUUAUUAAAAAAAUCCCAGAUUUUCGCCCCAAUGAUUUUGAGGUAUUCAUUCUGUAACUUGAAACAGCCAGUGAGCUCUAUAUAUAUCUGGAGUAAGAACUUCAGUCAUUCGGUCAAUGAGAAAAGUGACGCCAAGAUGGCGGCCAUUAACGUCCUAAUCUAUGAAGGUCAUAAACAGUUUUUAUACCAUUUUCCCCAGUUAAUUUCUAAUGGACCGUAUCACUAAUCAAGUUUUCAGUUCAUAAAAUCACAAUAUUAUUCUUUAAAUCGAAGUCAAAAUACGAAAUUUCAACACACUCCUUGCCAAGAUGGAGGAAAUUGAAGGAGUUCUUGGACGUCAGUUCCAGUCCCUUUCUAUUGUUUUUGUAUGCGCGGUUAACACGAAACUGGCUUCACUUUGAGCAACCAAGUUUCUACUCCAGAUAUAUAUGGAGCUCACUGGAAACAGCAUGUACUUUUACCAGUUACAACCACAAAGAACGCAUCACAUCCAGAAACUGCAAGUGUUACCACUGCGAGGUAUCCUAAGUUCACGCGUAUGCGCCACUUUUAGCAUAUACGUGAGUUGUACAAAUGACACUAAUCUAUAGUGAGAUUCAGUUAACCAAGACAUUCUUUAUGGUACCUCCCUAUCCUCGUCCAUUAAUUAUCUUUAAUGCUGAGGUCUACCGGAAAUGUCUAAUUGACAUACAACCACUAAAUUCGGCUUUUGAAAAUUAUAUGGAACAAGCAAAAUGUUGGUACCAUACGUAGAUAGUAAGAGCCUUGCUUACCAUACGUUGUACGUUGUCAAAAACAAAGAAGUACCAGACCGUAAUAUUAAAGUUUUUCCGGUGCGGACAGACUAAUGUGCGAAUCAUUGCAUCCUUUCAAAAUUAUCUGAUUUUGUUCUAACGGGUAAUGUUGGUAUUACUUUAGGUAAAUUGGGCUCUAAUAGCGCUCCAAAUGACGAAUCCGUGACGAGCAGUGAGCAGCAGGAACAUACACAGACUAGUUUCGAUUCUGACGAAAUGUUUAAUGGUAUGUGAAAACAUUAAAAUAAUUAAGUCCACUUCCACAAUACAUAACAUGACUUGUUAUAUGCCUACCGUUGCUUCGUACAGAUGCGUCUAAUGUUGUAUUUUGGAUAUUUUGCAGUUGUAUUUUUGGUUUUCUACGCCAACAAUGUUUAGUAAAUACCCGUCGUUAACUGCUACGUAAACGUCAAUAGAAUAUUUCAACACACAGUAAAGUACAAUAAUUUCUGAAAGCCUUUGAAUGAUAGUUGAAUAAUAAUAUUUCAACCAUUAUAGCAUUGGUAGACUAUAAGCUAAGCUUUCAAGAACUGAGAUUUCCAGCAACAAAAGGUGAUCAUAUAUGGUAGCAAUCGAAAAGCUCCCCCACCUCAAUAUUUCGCGAAGUGUCCACCACUGAUCUUUUUCACUUACUUCAGCGUGGUAGAUGGAGGUAACGGUUUUACAUGGUGCAACUGAACCACGCUUUCAUUAAUGCAUGUGCAUUUUCUUUCUAGAGACUCCAAUGGAUGAUUCUUCUCCGAAUACGAUGCACAAUCUGACAUUGACAAGUGUUGCAUCCAAUAUAUCCGAGGUACCUUCACCUGGAUUUGACAGUGACAUGCUUGGAUACCAACUUAAGUCAACCAGCGGCGAUCCAAGUUUGGAUUUAGGUAUGAAUACACUGUGGUUUAGAGAAUUGAUUCUUCACUGAAUUAGUAUAUAGCUUUAUAGCUUCUCUAUAGGUUCUGUUGAAAUGUUUCAAAUCCAGGACAUGAAUCGGAUUGCAAGAUUUAUUGGUUAUUGUACUACAUCCUGACUAUUUACCCACAUACCUUAUACUAAAAUCACAAUAUAUACAAGAACAUGUAUACAUGUAUACAAAUGUAUCACAAUAUAUACAAGAACAAGUUAAUGCUGGGCAACUGCACGCUGUAGCUCAGUGGUCAGAGCGUUGCACGAGAAGUGCAGGACUGCAGAUUCGAUUGCUAUGCCUGUGGUUGCAUUUUCUGUUACUGCUCUGGUUCAGGGUCUAAAAAUGUAAUUUUCGCUGGAAAUUACCAUCUUCAAAAACCCUUCAACAUUACUGUACUACAUAAAUCCUACUGUACGUGCAAUAGAGGUAGUUGUACCAUUCGUGUCUUAAUUGAGAGGAGGUAUUAAUUCCGGGUUUUUUUUUCCAUUUUCCUAGGAACACCUAUUUCGCCUCCUCAGAGUAGCCUCUCAUCGCCACUACAGCUCUCGCCAAAGAUCAACACAAAUGCUAUGUCGCCAUCAGCCACAUCCCAACCGUCCUUUAUCAUUCCACCCAGUUCGCCGUUGUUUCAUUUCGAUGAUGAGGGCUUACCAGAUUAACCAAGUGCUUGGCAAGUUGUUUCAUAUGACAAUUCGAAUGUUCUUCAUGAACUGCCUUAUGCUUGCAAGCAAACUUUUGACAGCCUUAAAGUUAUUCAAUCCUCAAGCGUCCCGGAGUAUCACCUUGCAUUUAUGGUAACGAUGAGUUAGCGAUUCAAUGGCACAAUCCCUUCAUGAUUAUAAUACAAAGAAGUUGGACCUUCCAUUUAUUGCCCGAUGGGCAGUGUUAUCAGGCAUUACGUUGUGUACAUUCGGACAAAGCUAUGUCUUGGCUCGAUUAUUGCAAUGCCUAUCGGGAAGGUACUAACCAUGUAAUGGUUUCUUUAGUGCUUUAAGCGAAUGUAGGUCAAGGACUCCACCAAUAUAUGGUACAGUAUAGUGGUUUGCAAGUUAGCAUCCAGCACGUACACUACAGUUACUGUAUGCGUAUGCCGUAUAGACUAUAUGGAGUAUGUCCACGAGCACCAGUAUGUAUUUGUGUAAUAGUUAGAAUAAGGUCGAUAAGACACCAGACCUAUCAACUGAACUCAUUAUAACGAAACUCGUAUAUGUUAUAUAUAGGUACGUUUCAUACAUGCAGUCAGUUCAGCAACCUGGCAGAGUCGCUCUGUCGCAAUUUGAUUUUAUCUACUUUGUCCUUGAUGUCUUCGUAUACUUUUGGGGGUUCUUCAAUGAUAUUAGUAAAAUUCCAUUAUAAAUAAAGAUCGUGUUAUCUCACGAUACUGUAAUGCAUACCAACAAAACUAAU